AUGCCCAUGCGAGGGAAGCCAGAGCAUUCGUUCAUAUCGACAGAAAUCAGAGGGUUUCUUGAAGAGGUAUUCUAUUCCAAUACAGAAUUCGCCGCAGUGGAGACAAAAGAUUCAACCUUUACGCACUUGUCAUCAAUGAAGAUCGAGGUAGAAAACAUCAAGAGCAAAAGGACUUCUCCUGCCUUAACCAAAUUUUUUGGGCACGUUAGAUCAAGAAAGAUGGCAUCUUCCGAAACAGUGGAGGAUGAUGAUCGCUGGCACGAGCAGGUAGACCUUUCCAAGUUGCUUCUUGGGCCGAAGCUUGGUGAAGGGACGCAUGGAAAAAUUUACCGUGGCAAUUACAAUGAUGAGUCUGUUGCUGUAAAAGUAAGCAAAGUUCCAGAUGAUCCUGAUUGCGAUGGAAAAAGGGAUUUACAUGGUACAGUAGAGAAGAAGUUCAAUCAAGAAUCUGCUCUCUUGCUUCGUCUCCACCACCCGAAUGUUUUGAAGUUCGUAGGGGUUUGGAGACAGCCACCUGUUUUUGGGAUCAUCACUGAAUAUCUAUCAGGGGGUUCCUUGAGGUCGUACCUGAACAAGAUUGAGCACCAACAUAAAUCUGUUCCCUUGCCUACAGUAGUCAGUAUGGCCUUGGAUAUUGCUCGUGGGAUGGCGUACAUUCACUCGCAAGGCAUUGUUCACAGGGAUCUCAAGCCAGAUAACGUACUAAUCAGCGAAGAUUUCCAUCUGAAAAUUGCUGAUUUUGGUGAUGCUUGUGAGGAAGCUCACUGCCAUCUUCUUGCUGAUCGCACGGGAACUCUUCGGUGGAUGGCCCCUGAGAUGAUGAAGCAGAAGAAAUCCUACAACAGGAAGAUUGAUGUGUAUAGUUUUGGACUAAUGUUAUGCGAGAUGAUUGCUGGAACAAUUCCAUUCGAAGGCAUGGCACCAGAAGCAGUCGUUUUUGGCGUGCUAAACAAAGAUCUGCGACCUACAGUACCUCAGCGUUGUCCUCCUGCAAUGAGAGAACUAAUUGUGCAGUGCUGGUCCUCCAAUCCUGGGAAGAGGCCAGAAUUUUGGCAGAUUGUCAAAGUUUUGGAGAAGUUUGAAACUUCACUGGCUUCUGAAGGAUCCUUGAAUAAUUUGGUCCUAAAUCUCACUUCUCAGCAUGAUAAGAAGAGGCUGCUUCUCCAUUGGAUCCAAAAGCUUGAUCCCAUUCGUCACUCGGAUAAAUUGAUCAACACUGCCUAUAAUAGGAGGCCGAUAAUGGUUUCUUGA